CGGUGGGGGAGAGUGCCGCGGCUCCCUCUCUCGUGCUGUGGCCCUUCUUUCCGUCUUGCGGUUAGUGUGCGAAGGAAGGUAGAAGAGGGGUGCUCGAUAAUAAUUUGAAAUUGUCAUACCCAAAGAAAAUGGAUGAAUAGACCGCAUAGAAAACGCGGCGCAGAAUCACGUAUUUAGACCCUGGUGAAUAUAAGGAGAUAAGAGAAGAUAAUAGAGUGUGUGUAGUAUUAAGAAAAGAAAGGAGAAAGAUGAUUAUAUAAAUAAAGUGAGAAAUAAGGAAAAUUGAGGUGCGGAAAGAAUAAAAAAAAGUGGGAAAACAAGAGAAGAGAGUAACGUGUUAUAAGGAAAAUCAAGAAAUUUUAUAUAUCUCGAAGAAAAUUUCUAUUGCCAUAUAAAAAUUGAAGUACGAACGUAAAAUCUAGCAAGAAUAAAAAGAUCGCAAGAUGGUGCGCGGAACGGCGAUCAUGAAGCAGGAUAAGAAGAAGGAAGGAGAAGCCGCCCAUCCGCCCACACCAGCGAGAAAAGGUGAGCGAGGAGGGCUGAAGCGGAGACACAUGUGCUGGUGACUCAUUGAAGGGACUAUGAACGUGGGCGGUUACGAUGGCAAGAUCGCGGGGCUGUACGACUUGGAGGAGACCCUGGGACGAGGCCAUUAUGCCGUCGUCAAGCUGGCCAGACACGUCUUCACGGGAGAGAAGGUGGCCGUCAAGGUGAUAGACAAGGUGCGGCUGGACGAGGUGUCGCGGUCGCACCUUCUGCAGGAGGUCCGAUGCAUGAAGCUGGUGCAGCAUCCGAACGUGGUGCGCCUGUACGAGGUCAUCGACACCCAGACCAAGCUCUAUCUCAUCCUGGAGCUGGCCGAUGGAGGGGACAUGUACGACUACAUCAUGAAGCACGACCGCGGGCUGGAAGAGGAGGCAGCGUGCAAGUACUUCCGGCAGAUCGUGCACGCCAUCAGCUACUGCCACAAGCUGCACGUGGUGCAUCGGGACCUGAAGCCCGAGAACGUGGUGUUCUUCGAGAAGCUCGGGAUGGUCAAGCUCACGGACUUCGGCUUCAGCAACAAGUUCUGCCCCGGCCAGAAGCUGGAGACGUCGUGCGGGUCGCUGGCCUACUCGGCGCCGGAGAUCCUCCUCGGGGAUUCCUACGACGCGCCAGCCGUGGACAUCUGGUCGUUGGGCGUUAUCCUGUACAUGCUGGUGUGCGGCCACGCGCCCUUCCAAGAGGCCAACGACAGCGAGACGCUCACCAUGAUCAUGGACUGCAAGUACACCAUCCCCGAAUACGUCUCGGAGCCCUGCAGGAGGUUGAUAGCGCGCAUGCUCAUUCGUGACCCAGCCAAACGCUCUACAUUGGAGGACAUAGCACAUGACCCAUGGCUGCAGGAGGGCAGUAACGUUGAUAUGGCAGAGCUGAUGCCCCUUGUAUCCCGGCAACACCUGACAGAAGAGGACCAUGCGCAUAUCAUCCACAAAAUGGUGUCAGGGAACAUUGCAUCCAUGGAGGAAAUACUAGAUGCACUGGAUAAGAAUGAGUACAAUCACAUAACAGCGACUUAUUUUCUGCUAGCGGAACGUAAGUUGCGCGCUCACCGGCAGCAGCAAGCAGAUUUGGCAAAGAAUACAGCUACGAGUCCUGUCAUGACCAUCAGAAAAUCUGGUGGCAGUUUAGAUGAAAGCAGCCUCCCCACAUCCUCAGAUUCAGCCAAGUUCACUCAGGAAUUGCAGCUCUCCAAGGAUGAUAUGAGCAAUGGCGUACUUCACAAAAAGCUCUCAGAAGUUCGGACUGGGGGACGGAUGAGAACCUUCAGCAUUCUUGAGGAGGAAGAGGAAGAUGAAGAAGAAGAAGAAGACUUGAGGGAGGAGCUAGAUGAGAGGAAGGAGGAAGAAGACAUGCUGGACAAGGGGCAAAGAUCCAGGAGUGGCUCACGAAGUGGCUCACGCAGUGGCUCACGCAGUGGCUCUCGCAGUGGGUCACGCAGGGGUUCACGGGCAUCAAGUAAUUCUUCUCUCAAGGACAAGUGUGUUCGGGACAUGAAGCUGGAUCUUUCCCUCCUUCACCGCCUGGAGUGUGUGAGGCGAGGAAGUGGGUCACAUCAGGGUUCCCUGCAGAGCUCAGCAGCAACUUCUCCCUCAGGAGAUGACCCACCCUUGCCUGAGCCACCUUUCCCUCCCUCUUCCAACAUAGGUGUGGGGCGAGGGAGGGCCAAGAGUGCAGGGACGUCUCCUGCCACCACACCACCCAGCAGUCUUGUUCCUACUAUCAGUAACAAUAAUAAUAACAAUAACAAUAACAACAACACUAGUAGUAACAACAAUAAUGGCAAUCCUCAGAGUAUGACUUUACCCCCACCCAGAGUCACGCCACAGUCCUCUGUGUCUUCUUCUCCCACUUCGCAAGCAUCCUCUCCCACUUCCCCUGGCCCACAGCAGAUGCCAUCCUCACCAAAGAAUCAGGGCUCUUUCUUCAAUCACAAGUUCAAAACUUUACCAUCACCUAACAGGCGGCUGCACUCUGUCCGGUCCUCGCCGCAGCUGAUGCUCAAUGAAAUCUUUGAGGAAGGGGAGUCAGAUGGGGAGGGCAGUGGUGGCAGUAGCCGUGCAGCAAGUACAAGUGGAAAUAACAUUGGGGGGGCUGUGGCUUCUCCUGUGGUCAUGCGUAGACACAGGUUAGUGAGGUCACGCACUGCCUCCUGCAGUUCCUCAGAUGCCUCAGAUGAUGACCAGGAAGCACGCAAGAGGCGACAACAGCGUGCUCUCACAAGGCAUUUAUCAAAGGAUGUACAAGAUGAGCAAACGGAUUCGAAUGAGUUGUCACAGGUGGCUGCUUGUGAAAUUGCAGAAGAACAGGAAACAAUUGAUAUUAUAGUCGAGGAAGUCUGUGAACAGCCUAGUCAUGCACAGCUGUCAACUGACUGUAAUGGUGGUUUGCAGGUCCAAACCAGUACAAGAGGGAACAGGCCACUCUCUGCUGCCUGUGAUGAUGAACGUAAGAAUGGAGCAUUAAAAGAAGAUAAUGGUAGCACAGAAAAUAUGUUAGAUAUAGACACAACCUUACGAGAGAGUCGUUCUUUAAACUGUAUAGUUAUGGCCACCGGUGAUCAAGAUGGAGAUUUUCCUUGCUGUAGUGUGUCAGAGGCAUCUCUUCUUGACCAGUGUGCAGGAAGCAAUAUUACGGUGUCAACAGACAAUGUAACUACUAUUUAUAUUGAGAAUGGACCAUGUGUAGAUGUUGCUAACGAGCGACGACCUUCACAGUCGGGGAGUUUAGGUGGUGAUCGUGUUGUUAUACGUGUCACAGAUGAUGGACAAAAUCAGGACUCAGCUCAGGAGAGCAUGAAAAAAGCAGUUGAAGGAAAGCCAAAUUCCCUAAAAGAAACGGGAUCUCCUCAAGAAAUUGGUGCUAGUGAUGUGGUGGUUGGCCUGGUGGACUCUCCCCGGCUGGGGCGCACAGCUGGGGCACGACCAGUUUCAGAUUCACAGGUUAUCACACGACCCCCACAGUCACCGUCUAUUAUUAAGUCAAUGUCACAUAUAGAACCUCUUAGUGGGUGUGGGGAUCGACCGUCUAGUAAAUUUUCCCUCCGGACUAGUGCUACCAAUGGCUCGCUGGCGGCCGGAAGGAAUCACUAUGUCAUGGACAUCAAUCAAAAUGCAGGAGGACGAAAGAAUCGCAGUGAAAAGUCUAAUGGUGCGCUUGCAAUACAAGGGACAUCCAAGUGUUGUAGUUUGUCCUGAGGCUUAGGCCAAAGGACUGAUCACUAUAUAGUCCUACAUAUGAUUUGAGUGUAGUGAAAAUAUCCCCCUCAACCCAGGUGUAUCCAAUGGUAAGAAUGAAUAUAUACAUAUAAGCACACACACACACACACACACACACACACACACACACACACACACACACACACACACACACACACACACACACACACACA